GGAGAGUGUGGCAGUGCAGUGUGCUUUUGGCAGUGGGGAGAGAUCAAUUGGAAUUCGGGAUUCGUUUUUGAACACUAGUAAAACAUCUGGGCCCCCAUUUCUGUUUUAUUUGGGGAGCCAUAAAGGGAAUUAUUCACUAAUAUCUCCUGGACAAGGUACUGAAACCAGCAAUAUAUCUGCAGGACAUUAUUACCUGCAGGACAGCAUCAUUUCACUGCAUAUCAUUUAAAGUGAUUUUUGAAUAGCAGGAGUUUCUCUUUUUCAUAUGAUGAAGGAAAGAAUCAUUGUGGUUAUAUUGGUUUUGUUCCUCACCUGUUCUUCUCACGCUAGCAAAGACUCGUCAAAGAAAAAUAAGAAGAACAGACAACAUGCCCCUCAUAUUGAUUGUGACAUUAAGGCAGGGAAGAUUCUCAACCCAGAAUUCCUUGCAAAAUGCCCUGCUGGAUGCGACGACACAAAAUACCGUGUCUAUGGCACAGACAUAUAUGCAUCAUUCUCCAGUGUUUGCUCUGCUGCCAUACACAGCGGUGUAAUAGACGGCUCUGGGGGAAAAAUCCUUGUUCGUAAGGUUGCUGGUCAGUCUGGUUACAAAGGAACAUUCUCUAAUGGGAUACGAUCUUUGUCAUUGCCCCGCUGGAAAGAAUCAUUUGUUGUAGCAGAGGGAAAAGGAAAGAAAGGAGUCACUUACCCUUCCGUCCUUGACUAUGCAGAAGUCAAGACAGAUAUAGUAGUGCAUAGAGUUCCCCCACCCACCACAGUAUCAACAACAACUCACUCAACCACUACUUCAACCACCACCACCACAACUCCAGAACCUACAACUCCAGUGCCCACCACCACACAAAAGCCCACAACUACAACCAUUACAACAACAGCAACAGCCAGGACAAGACCUCCAUUGCUGCGAGCAAGAGAUACAGGAUCAAGCUAUAUCCAUCCUGCAUACCGAUCAAUUGUUGCCGCAUCAUCAAGUAAGAGCACACUAAAUGGGCAAAUGCAAGCAGCACAAGGAAGAGGACAAAACCAAGCUUUCAGGUCUCCAGCAUCAUCAACAUAUGCAAGUAACCGAAAUGCUCCCCGAGUCAAUGCAGGAGUUCCAAGACAAGACUCAUCAGUGUCCUUGCGUAAACCUGUAGGAAACCUUCCUUCAUCUUCUGGUUAUGCUUACAAUCGCGUGCAGCAAAUUCUGGCAGAAAAAGCAGCAGCAGCUGCGGCGGCAGCAGCGGCGGUAGCAGCAGCUAAGGCAAACCCAGCUCCCCCAAGAAAUGACUGGCAAAGUCAAAACCAAAGAACAAAUGUUCAGACAAUCCUACAAAAACCAGCAGUUCCAGAGAGCAGCAAUGUUGCCCCUAAUGCUGGACCAAACUGGUCUUCAGAGACAUACGAUACACAAGCUUACCCAAGACGUGAGUGGCAGAAUCCAAACCAAAGAGUAAAUGUUCAAACAGUUCAACGUAAACCAGCAGUUCCAGAGAGCAGUAAUCUUGCUCCAGUUGCCGGACCCAACUGGCCUACAGAAACACGUGAUACACAAGUUUCCAGCUCCAGUUCUAGCAUGUCGGAACCUGACAGGUGGUUUGACGGCUUUUCAGAAGGCAAUUACAGGAAUAGUGGAUCAGAGACAAAGUGGAAGGUUGUCCAAGAGUCAUCUGAACCAAAAACUAAAGCUGGGGAGACAGAUGUGUGGAAACAAGGCUUCUAUGAAACAGGACUCAGUUCAAAAGAAGAAGUAAAACCAAGACCAGCUCAAAUAAUACCCCAGGGUGGCAUAAAAUUCAGUUCAAAAGAGGAAGUUAUAGCAGGACCCCCAGAAGUAAUACACUAUGGUGGCAUAAAUUGCAAAAUAGAUUUGGUUUUCCUCAUGGAUGGAAGUUGGAGCAUUGGCAAGAGACGUUUCAGGAUUCAAAAACUUUUCCUGAAUCAGAUAGCAGAAGCACUUGAUGUUGGCCUUAAUGGACCUCUUAUGGGAAUUGUGCAAUAUGGGGAUGAGCCUUCAACAGAAUUUAGUCUUCGAUCAUAUUCCAGUUCCAAAGACCUCAAAGUUGCUAUUGAGAAAAUUCCACAGAAAGGAGGACAUUCACAUGUUGGAAAGGCUCUUUCUUAUAUCAACAAAAGCUACUUUUCUGAUGCAAGUGGAAACAGAGGAGGCGCUCCAAAUGUAGCGGUUGUUCUAGUAGAUGGAUGGCCAACGGAUAAGGUUGAAGAAGCUUCACGCCUUGCACGGGAAUCAGGAAUUAACAUUUUCUUUGUCACUAUUGAGGCUGCUGAUGACAAUGAGAAAAUGAAUGUAGUUGAACCCAACUUUGUGGAUAAGGCUGUUUGCAGAACCAAUGGACACUAUUCCAUUAAUGUCCCAAGCUGGUUUGGCCUCCUUAAGAUUGUUCAGCCUAUGGUGAAACGUAUAUGUGAUACAGACAAACUGGUAUGCAGUAAGACCUGUCUCAAUGCGGCCGACAUUGCAUUUGUCAUUGAUGGCUCUAGCAGUGUUGGUACAGGAAACUUCCGUACUGUACUUCAAUUCAUCGCCAAUAUCACCAAUGAGUUUGAGAUCUCGGACACUGAUACCAGAAUUGGAGCAGUACAAUAUACAUAUGAGCAAAGGCUGGAAUUUGGAUUUGAUAAAUACAGCACCAAGCAAGAUGUUGUCAAUGCCAUUAUGAGAAUAGGAUACUGGAGCGGUGGAACAAGUACUGGAGCUGCCAUUACAUAUGCCUUUGAACAGCUGUUCACUAAAUCAAAGCCGAACAAAAGAAAGAUUUUGAUUGUGAUUACAGAUGGACGGUCGUAUGAUGAUGUUCGUGUUCCAGCAUCUAAAGCACAUCAGAAUGGAGUAAUUGCGUAUGCUGUUGGAAUCGCUUGGGCAGCCCAUGAUGAGCUGGAAUCCAUUGCAACUGACCCUGAUAAAGACCACUCCUUUUUCGUGGAUGAAUUUGACAGUCUCCAUAAGUUUGUUGGGAAGAUUAUUCAGAACAUUUGCACAGAGUAUAAUUCCCAACCACGAAAUUAACUACCAGAGCUGAUAAAUGUACUUCUCUAACCAUGUGGAUCACCGUGUUAUCCAGCAAUAAAUGCAUAAACAGGUGGCUUUAUUGAAUUAGAUAUAUAAAUGAGUCCAGAACCUGGUUGUAAGUGCAGUUUACUUAUUAUAUAUUAAGAGCUUGCUUUUAUACUCAGCUUUGCAGCUCCCUCAAAACACUACUGAUGCGCCAACAGCCAACACAAGUACAAGGCUAGGCGGGAGUCUGGUACACAAAAUGUGAAGCGUACCCAGAAUCCCAUUAAAAUAAAAACAUUUUUUAUAUGUUUUCCGCAAGACCAUUUAUGCAAAUCAAAUUGGGUUAAUUUAUUUUUAUCCCAAUAUCAGCAUUAAUAUUAAGAGCAAGCGGCCCUUUUUGGCAUUGGUGUUCUAUUUUUUGCUUUAUUCAUUUUACUUUUUGUGCUUUUUUGUUAAGGAAAAUUAAGUUUUAUGAUUCAAAAUUUGAGACACUAUAAAAAAUAACAUGCAGUUGCCAACCUGUUGUGAAAUAAUCUGCUUUCUAGAUUUAGGUGUGUUUCAAAUAUUUUAUUACACAAAUUAUCAUCUGGAAUUCAUUAAACUGAGAUCCCUAAAUCAGAGAGCAUGACCAGGGGUAUACAUAGAUUCCUUGUCCACGCAGUAUAUUGCUACUCAGUGGAUCCAGUCCUACUUAAAAUAUAUAUUUUACUAAAGAGGAAAUAUUGGUGAAACUGAUGAGGAAUUUACUAUGUUAUCCCAUAGAGCUCAGAAUUAAGAAAACAUUAAACAUCUUUGCAUCAAAUCAUUGUCCCUAUAUGUGUGUUUAUCUUGUUAAUUGGCUAUUUUUCUCUUAUUAAACAUUUGUGUCAUUUUUUAACCCUUCAUUGGAAGGUGAUUGAAAAGAAGUACAAUAGCAAACCUCGUUUAAAAGAGAUACAAACUAAAUUAACCUGAUUUAUGAAAGCUAUAAAAAUAUUUAGAAAAUGUUAUUUUAAUAUUCCGCAUUUUUUUUGCGCUGUACAUUUAAUUAUUUUUUUUAGGGGGCAUUUUUUUUUAAUUAAAAAAAAGCAGGCCAGACGUUUUAAUACAGGUUUUGUACUAAAUUUAAAACAUAAUGAAAGUCAUGGGCUUGUGCUUUAGAUUUUUUUUUUAAAUAUAUAACCCUCAUGCAGCAAGCUAUUGGCAUAAAGAGGGAACAUCCAUACUGGCUUAUACAAUAAAAAUGAGAGGAAGUUCAAAUAUAAAUGUUGUGACAAAUGCAGUGAAUAUUAUGGAUCAGUAAAUACCAUGUUAGUAGACUUGUGCAAUUUGUUAUUCAUUAAUUAAACGAAUGUUAAAAAGGGUAUCGGUCUGCUGCAUUUGGCUUACGGUGCCCGGAUUUAUUUAUAAAAAAAAUUCUGACUCACAAAUAUUUGGAUUGCUUUCCUAAUAAAUCUGCACGCCAAAAAAAGAGUCAAAUGCAUAUAUAUAACGGCCAUCUACAACAUUUGUUUAACUAAUAUAUAACAAAUUGCACAUUUAAGCACAGUCUAGUAAGCAAAAAAAAAACUUUUUUUUUUAAAUAUUCAUAAUCUAAACUGCCCUAAGAUUUGUUUUUAUUAUUUUAUUUUACAUGAACACAAAAUAUAUCCAAUCAUUUUCUACAUUAUGCAAUCAGUUCUAUAUUUCUAUAUUCUGUAGCAUGCUUAUUUGAAAGCACACUCUUGGGACAAUACCCCUGUCAUAUAUAUAUCUAUAUAUCUAUAUAUAUAUCUAUAUCUAUAUAUAUAUAUAUAUAUAUAUAUAUAUAUAUAUAUAUAUAUAUAUGUAUAUGUAUGUGUGUGUGUGUGUAUAUAUAUAUAUAUAUAUAUAUAUAUAUAUAUAUAUAUAAAUAUAUAUACAUACAUAUAUCUCAAAUAUAUAUAUCUCAAAUAUAUAUAGUGCAAGAGACAAUUACAAAUGCAUAUUAAAACAAAAACACUUUUUUUUGUGUUUAGAAUAAUGAUCCACAUAUAAUAUCAGAGUUAGAUGAAAUAGAAUAGUAUAUUCUAUUAUACAAAAUAAUUAUUAAAAAAUAAAUUAAAAAAAUAUGUAAAUUUUCUUUAAUAACAGAUGGAGAAUCCAGAUUUUUAAAGCCUGGCCUAAAACAUUUAUUGCUCAAAUAUAUCAUUUUAUAGAAUUAUGUUGCCUCUUUAUCUGGUGUCAAGUAAACAAGGGGGUAUAAUACCGUUCUGAAUAAUAAAUUAUGCACCAAAUCACACUUUGAAUGUGCCUUAGUGCAAUGGUGGAUCUGACCUUAUUUUUUUAAAAAUAGGUUUGAAAAUAUGAUUUUGUUUAUACCAAUAAGCCAUUUUCUAAUAUUAAGUUGUUAUAUUUUUAUAUAAUAGAGAAAACCUUUCCAAAACUUAAGUUUAACUAAAUAAUUACUUCAUACAGUCUAAUGUACAUAUGAACAAGUUGUGUUUUUUGUUUGUUUGUUUGUUUUUUAAAUCUCUGGGUCCUAUUAGGUUCAAAUUUUGCUUUUUAAAAUGUAUUUGAAUUGUACCAAAACUGAAUAUAUGUUUUAUUAAAUAUGUACAGUUUAAUAAGGCUUUUACAUAAAUAAAGCUGUUGCUUGGUUGAAAGACUUUGCAAUUAAAAUAAAUAGCUCUGGAAAAA